AUAUCAAUAGAGAUGGCAUUUUGACCGCAGCCCGCGGGCCUGGCCCGUACAAGACCCAUGCGGGGCGGAUUUGGGUAAGGGUAAUCGAAGCCCAUUUAAAAGCGGGUCUCGCGGGUAAGUGUCAUGCGGGUUUGGGCUUUUGCGGUCUAGGCUCAGCGGGUCUUGCGGGGUCGACAUAACCCGCGACCACUUCCUCAUUUGCUGUCUUUACACCUGAAAAAAAAGAGUCAAGAGACGAAAAUGGCGAUCAGGGUUCUCUACAGCACGACUCCACCAACGAGCACCAGAGGAGCAGCACCACCAACCGAUUCUUCUUCUCCUCGACUAAGACCACCAUCAGAGCUUCUCUCCAUCUUCUUUCCACCACCACUGGAGCUUCUCUCCUUCCUCGAGCUUCCACUGGAACUCUCCAUCUUCUCGUCCGAAGCAAGUUGCACCGUGCAACAACAACAACAACAACAUCUUCUCAAGCUCACCCCAAUGAAACAUCAUGUUUUGCAUACCCGCGGGCCAGCCUGCAAUGUCCUAUGUAGUAAGCGGGGCGGGUUUGGGCAGAGGUUUAAGUACCGCGGGUCACGGCGGGCUUACCCGCAAAGAACCGCCGGAGAGAGAGACCGCAGCGGGGCGGGCCAAUGCGGGGCGGGUGGUACCAAAUGCCAUCUCUAAAUAUCAACAACUAUGUUAUUAAUUAAAGUUCACAAAACAUGUUACUAACUACAAACGUGUGUUACUACUCUGCGCAUAAAAAAUGUUAUUAAUUAAAGUUCACAAAAUAUAUUACUAACUACUUGUGAAACUUCGAAUAUAGAGUUUUGGAAACUUUAAAUAAAGAGUAUUUUUGGAGAUGCUCUAUACUCAAUUAAAAAUACUCUGAAAUUUGGUUUAAAGUUUAGGUGAUUAUUUUUAAGGUUUGAUAUUUUAAGGAGAGUGGUGUUCUUUGACUCUUUUCUGUUCUUUAUCGGGGGGGGGGGGAUUUUCCUCAGUAAAUAAAACAUAUAUGUAAAUUCUCGUAGGCAAUUCUAAUUGAUCAAUAAAAAUCGACUUGUUUCAACUACUAAGUCUGUCUGGCGAUGGGUGGUACAAGGUUCAUUGUUUACUUACUGGUUUCAUAUAAUUCAGAAAAUACUAGUUUUCUCGAAGCCUCUUGUUCAAGUAAGGGGUUCCUCCGCUUUGCCAUGCAAUCCCAAGAAUCAAACUGGAAGCUACCAACUGAUCCCACCAUUAGUUUAUAAAUUUCUAUAAAUAAUUUUCAAACAUUUAUAAAUGAUUUAGGAAUGUUAAUUUUAUCUUUUUCAUAAUAAAUUUAAGAUAUUUAUAAAAAUAGUUAUUAUUUGAAAUUAAAUUUAAAAACAAUAUUAAAUUUGAGGUAAAGUUAGAAUUCUUCUAAGAAAAUUGGAGGAUUUUCAUGUUUAUCGUACCAUUAUUCAUGAUUGUCAUCACUAAAAUGACAUUUUCACAGAUAUCUUUUUCAUUAAGAGACAAAAUAUUCUUAUACACUUGCCUUAUAUAUAUAAUAAAUAAUUAUUUAAAUAAAUAAAACAAGUUUUAUAUAGUUUUCGAAUUAUAUGUUUUCAAAUUCGAACUUUUAUAUAAUUUUUGUUUUGAAUUUUUAUCUUUGAAAUAUAUUUUUCAAAUUUUCUUUUUGAAAUUCAAAAAUUAUUUUUGAUUAUUUAUUUAUAUAUUUAUUUGAAUCCUAAAUUUCACAGUCAUAACUCAUACUUCACUCCUCAACUCUAAAUCUUAAGUGUAUACUAGUUAACCUUAAGUUUAUAGAUAUCUUUUAUCUUUGUAAAAAUAAAGAUAAAAAUGGUUAAUAUAAACAUGAAAAGUAAUAUGUGGUAUUUUAGUUAAUUUCUCAAAAAAAUCUAAAUCAAAUAGAAACACCAAACUUAGCAAUAUUUGUCAUUUUUGGCAAAAACGGCAACAUCAGUCAUUUGUUUGGGGAUCAUUCAAAUGUAGAAGACGCUAAACAUAUAGGCAUAUCAAAGAGUCUACUACAACAGCUAUGAUGCGACAUCAUGCUCAUACAAAGACAAACCCUACGAACUCUAUUGUUUCCAAUUGUUCCAAAACAAUUGCUGGAACUAAAGUUGAGACUUAUUUUUGAUCAAAAAAAAAAGUUGAAACUUAUUAUAAUUUUAAAAAGGAGGGAGAGUGCCAUCUCGAGGCGACACGAGCACUUUCCCGGCGAUUCCUCCUUCACACAUUUGCACACCAUUGAAAUUCUCCAAAGUUUUUCUUUGGAUUCCCGUGAACCUCUCUUUCUCUCUCUCUUGCUUUCGCGCACCUCAAGAAAUGUCCACCGGUUUUCGUGUUUUCGUUUGUUUCUUUAUUAACAAAUUUUUUUUUUUUUAAGAAUGUGAAAUUCCAGACUUACAAUCUAUUCCAUCCGUUUCAUAAAAUUAGAUGUUUUAAAAAAAAAUUGUUUCACAAAGAUAGCCUUUUUGUAUUUUCUACGAAAAUUGUGAUUUUUAAGAAAAUUACCCACUUAUACUCCCCACGGCUACGAAGAUACGUGCCAUGUCGAUGCUGCAUGGAAAAGGGAGACGGGAACCUGCGGUGUGGGAGGAAUCUUCAGAGGACCGAACUGCACUUCACUCCCAACCAUCCGGUAUCAUCGUCGUUAUACAUCAUCAGCCCUUAUAGCUGAAGCCCUUGCGGUGCGUUCUGCAGUCAUGAUGGCUGCGUCGUCGAACAUUCAAUCCCUUACCGUCUUCUCUGAUUCUUCAGUCCUCAUCUCUCUAUUGAAGACAAAGGAAUCAAGACCGGCGCUGUAUGGCAUUAUGUUUGACAUCUAUCACCUUUGUCGUUUAUUUGAUACAAUCUCUUUCUGUUAUGUACCUCGGUUACAAAACACUGAGGCCGACGAAGUGGCAAAGUCGGCUCUCUUAUGUGCUGAUGUACCUCCUAUGGAGUAAAACACCCCUUUUAGUUUUAAUGCAAGUAGUUUGAUCAAAAAAAAAAAAAGAAAAUUAGUUGAUCUAAUGAAUUACUAUUGGUUAAAAAUUAUUGAAAAUUGAAAAUUGAAAAUUACAGAAAAUGAUACAUUUAUUAUAGUGAUUUACUGUGUUUUUUAAUAUAUAUGAAAAUACUAAAAAGUCUAUCAUUGUGAAACAGAUGCAGUAUAAUAUUUUCAACUACAUAAAAAAGUCAGAAAUUACAAUUUAAAAUAACAUUCCAUACUAAAAGACAUUCCGAUUAGAAAUAUAACAAAAACUAAGCUCCUUUACACUAGUACUAAAUCACCAACAAUUUGUUUAUUAAUUUUAUACAAUUAGAAUAUAUUAAGUGCUAAAUAGUCUUAUAGUCUUAUGGCAUCCCAAUUUUGGUAACCAUUUAUAUAGGCUGUAAAAUAUAUUUUUGAAACUUAACAAUGUUCAUAAAACAGAACCACAUACCUUUAUAAAUGUGUUUGAUUGAAACAAUAUUUAUGUUGAAUUAUCAUCGAUUUUAUUACCUAGUUUAUUUAGAAACCAUAUUAGACUAUGCAUAUACAAAAAAUUAUAAAAUAUUUUAUUACUUGCGAUAAAACAAAAGUAAAAGGUACGUAGAAAACAAAAUUUAAGUGAUCCAUGAAAAUAAAUAAAAUAAAAUUGAAAAUAUGGAAAUAUUAAUCAAUAGAAAAGGGUUAGCCAAAGUUAUUUAUUUAUUUGGCCUUUUCCAUUAUUUUUCAAGAUGAUUUUAUGAAAUGUUUCCAAAUAUUUAGCCUUUUCCUUUCUAUUCAAAUUUGCUUUUAAAAAUUUUUUUUUUACUCGUCCAAAGAUAUCCUUAGAAAAAUUUGAUGAAUUGAUUCUUAUAUUUACAACUAGGUUAUAUUUAGAGAUUACUUUAAUAUAAUUAAAUUUUAUGUUGUAAAUUUAACUCCUAAUAAUAUAUGUUCAAAAUGAUAUCAAGGAAAAAGCCAUAUCCUUGAUAUGUGUAAAUUAUUAUGUUUAAAAAAAAUAUUUUAUUACGUUUCUAAUGUGAAUAUUAUUUCUAAUGUUACAAAUAGGCAAGGGUACAUUUACCCUAAAUAAAAAAAAAUCAAACCAUAUCAAUACCCAAGUUGGAACUGAAACAAAUCAAAUUUAUAAGUAUUCGUACAUAUCUUAUAUAUUUAAAAGCAAAAGCCGAAACUGAAUUAAAACCAACCAAAAUUAACUGUAUGAAUAUAUGAAUUUUUAAAAUAGAGUUUAUAUAACUUAAAAUAUUAGUUAUAUUUAGUUUUGCAAUAACCAAAUAUCCUAACAAUAGUAUUUAUAAACUAAAUUAUUAAAAAUUUGAAUUAUUCAAAUGUGUCCACGGCUAAUUACAAGUGUGUCGCUCUUUUUAUACAUAAAUAUAUAUAUGUGUGUGUGUUUAUAAACGUCACAUGUUAAAAAAUCAUAAUUUUAAUCAUGGUCCAUCGCAUAUAGAUAGUGAUCAUGUAUUACUCAUAAUUACUGAUAUAUUGUCGAAAGUUCGAUGGACAGCACUUAAUAAGACGACGACGCACUUAACAAAACGAUUUGUUCGAGUAAAGUCGGUGAUUACAAUAAGUGGUAUUCUAACAUUUGCGUUAAAUUAGUAGUAUUUCGUUAAUCUCUACUUUGUAGAUGUGAAAUUAUGUGGUUUCUUAGUACAAGGUUUCAAGCAUGAAAGGCACCAAGGACAUAAUUGUAUAACAUACUCGCCAAAUGAGGAAAAACAUGAAACACAAAUAUUUGAGUUCUAGCUAUUGUUUCAUUAUUAAGUACCCCAAGUUGAUUAGUUAACCUCUUUAAUCUAAAUAUGCUGGCUUCCCAAGACUGCUUAUAAUUUAGGAUAAUAUGAUGCACGUAUAUAUAUAGCAAUGGUUAUUAAGAUUAUCUUUAAUUUAUACUAUUUUGAGUGGGUUCAAUUCGGCUCGGGUUUAUACAACCAUAUAUAUACUAACAUACAGAUAAUAGAAUGUCAUAAGUCACAUAACAGACAGAUAAAAUAAGAGCUAUUAUAUACUUCAAAACUGUAUAAUUUAGAUAUUUUUCUCUCAUAGGUAUUUUGAUGAGCUUAACUUUGUUAUAUCAACUAUUAAGGAUCUAUAGAUAUCAUGUAUACAAUGGUGGCAGGUUGUACAAUGUCGUAGACUUCAGAAUCAAUAUGUUAAUAUAUACAUACGUGGGUUUUGACAGUGAUUCAAUAUGUAUAAUUUUUUUAUCAUCCACAAAGACUCAAGUAUAAGAUUUUGCAAAUCUUUUGCGUAUAAUUAAUGUAGUGUACUAAAACUAUAUUGGUACAAAUAGUUCAAAGUAUCUACCAGGUGUAAGAUGUGAAAUUUAUUAUUUUAAGAAAAUUAGUCUAAUCCCAAUAAUCAUAUAUAUCAUGUAACGUUACUGAGUAAAGAAGUGUUAUUUCAGUACCAUCCGAUCCGUUUUAAGUUCGAUACGAAGAUAUUCUGAUUUGCACAAAUGGUACCGCGGAGUAAUUUGGAUCUAUUGAGGAUUUAACAUUUCAAUUCUGGUUCAAAUGGUUUCUUAAACCUUAAAUGUAGGUAUGUAUUCGAAUCUAAGUCAACGAAAGAACAAAAUAGUGAAUCGGAAUCAAGGCUGGAUUUGAGAUUUAGUGGAUCAUAAACAUUUGAAAACAAAUUUUAAAAAGAAAGUUUUCAAAAAAAUUGGAGGUCAUCCGAUUUAUAAAUGUUAGCUCUAAAUUUUUUUUAGGGCUAGACGAAUGUUUCAUAGACUGCCAUUUUUGGAUUGUAUUCUUGUUCAUGCAUUUUAGUAAAAACCUUUUUAUCAAAGUGGUUUCAUUUUCUCUGUGUCUGUUAUGUUUUAUUAGAUUGCAUGCAAAUGCGACUGACUGGAAGAAGAAAUCGACAAUAUCUGAUCAAAAAAAUCCAUACGCGAUGGUGGAGAUAUCAUAAGAAAUGAAGCAGCAAUAACUAAAACAUCGCGAAUAAUAAAAAAGCCAUAGCCGGUGACUAGAGUCAGCAAAUUGCAUAAUCUCCUACACUCGUCUCGACACACACAUUUCAACUUCUUAAAUUGUUCCCAGUUUCUGCAAGUUUUCUUUCUUUUAUUACUUUCAGACAUAACCUGAAGAAUUCCUUUAGAAAUCGAGUUGGAUCUUUUGCAAUAUACUACUAUUAGUUUGUAGGUUUAUUUCAAUUUUAUUUAUUUCUAUCAUAAACCUUUUUCACCUUCUUCUCUUCUUUUGUCUGAUUCCUACUGUCGCUUUUUUCUAAAUUUUUUUUUUUGUGUGUGUGUGUACAUGUUUCUCUCCAUAAGAGAAAGUAACUUUAAAAAACUCCAACUUGGUUUGGUAAGUACUUUACUACAUAAUAAAGUUUACGAUUAGACCUUUCAAGAUAAUAAAGCGUCACUGCUCCUGAGCUUUUCUUAAUAUACAGUUGUGGUUUUUUGCAUUUGUAGUUCUAAUUUGUCAACAUUUCUUAAGAUAAUCAACUUCUGGAGAGUAAAAAUUAGUUUUCUGGAACUUCAGAUGGCUACACUUUGUCUUGUUAAAUUUUCUCAGUCACACUCAAGUUAUUUUUAUAUUAAAUUUAGGAAAGAAGCUAGCUAUUAGUUUGGCAAAACAAUAUAGUAAAAUGGCAGCCUAUGAUUCCCUUUCGUCUGUUAUUUUACUUAAAUCUUCUAAAAUAAUAUGAAUCAGAUCACUGUCCUUACAAUCAUAUGAUCACAGUUGCAUCAUUUCGUUAUUUGAUUAUUAUUCUUUAGAUUCUAGGAGCAUUAAUUAACUAUCUGAGAUGCACCAGUCUGAACUCUGAGUAAGUUCAGUUUGGAGGAAGGCGCAAAAAGGAAACUUAUUAAUUAUUUUCUACACAAUUGACAUUUUCAUAUAUUUAAAACACAGUCGUAAAUAAAUUUAAAGAACAUAUAUAAUGUCAUUGCUACGAAAGAAAACAAUAACUUUCUUUGAAGCAGACUUAUAUACCUUUAAGAUAUUGACGUACAGAUAUAUAUAUAUAUAUUUAUUUAUGUGCACCCUAACCUUCUUUCUGUUUUUGACACUAAUGGAAAAUACAAACAACAUAUUUAUAUUACUACAUAGUUUGGCAUGCAUAGAGAUAUAUAUGUAAUUCUUUAUUACUAGUAUUUUGGUGUUAAUAUUUUAAUAUUAAUACAAUAUGUAGACUAUAUAAUUAUAAUUUGUUUUUUGUCAUCCACUAUAUAAUUAUAAUGUAUGUAUAAAUAUAUAACAAUUGAUCUUUUUUUCUUUGCACGAAUAUAACAAUUGAUCUUAAGAAGUGGAACAUCAAAACUAAGAUCAUAAUUUUAGUAUCAACGAACUCUCGUCACUCGUCACAUGGGAACUCGUUUUCUUUUCUUGAGGAGUAGCGUUAGUGUUAAAACUUGACUAUUAUCUCUACGGUGAAUUAAACAAGCUCCAACAAAUUCACUGUCAGAGAUAAGUAAUAAUCAAUUUUUGUACGAUGUUGCUAAUACUUUUGUAAUCACUUAACUCUAUUAAUGAAGAUUUUGGUGUACAAAAAAAAGUUCUUACGGUGAAUGUGCAUAAAAUUAAUAUUUUGUCAUAUGAUAGUAGAAACGGUGUUAUUGAUCAUGGAUGAUACAGAUGCACGCGACUAAACAAAGGCCUGGCUCCUAGCACAAGGCAAGCUUCUAGUGUGCAUAGAACAUUACCUAAGUGUAACUUUAACACUUAAAUUUUAUGUUACUUUUAUUUGUUAUUUAAUUUUAAUUUUUUAAACAAUAUCUCGCUUUGACGGGUGCGGAAUUCGAUUAAUUGGUCAACAUAUUUUAUCUCGGGAAAGCAAAAUAAAAUCUCAGCCCAAUUCUUUUUCCAUGUUCUAAUUUCAGUUUACAUGAUAAAAUAUAUAAAAUGGAAUUGUAUCUAUAAACAAAUUAAAUACAUUCUGUUAUUCGAGAACGAAGAUUAUACUUAUUAUAUUUUUCUCCUUUCUCCCUUAUAUUCAAAUUAUUUUGAACAAAGAGUGACUUUUACCCUUUCCAAUGCGCUUUGUAAAUAUUUAAUUAAUUACGUCGCUUUAUAUAAUAUUGCAUGUCCGUACUACAUGCAGAAGAUGAGUAAACUCGGGGAUCUACAAAUAUACUACUAUAGUUUCAGACGAUCGAUCCAGUUGUAUUAUGUACGUAUAUUAUAUUUGAUUCAUUUCAAUGCGAUUGUGUGCACACGUAGACGUAUACGAAUACGUAGUCAUGCGGUUACACAUGUAUAUGUAUAAUGGAUAUGUAAGUACAUGUGUAUGUAAAGAUGUGAGAGAGAAUAUGGUCAAUGGUAAGAGAAUGAGAUAUGAUUUGCAGUGUGGGAAUGCUGGGCUUUGGGGAGUCAUUAAUCGCAGUAAACGAGGGACGUGAGUUCCAACAAUCCAAGUGGGUGUAAUUUAGAGAGUUCAAUUUUCUUUUGGUAUUAAAUACUCCAUUCGUUUCAUAUAAUAUAUGAAGGUUUGAAUCUUUAAAUACGUAUUAAAAAAUUAUUUUAUAAUUAUUUUUUAAACAAAAAAUCAUGAAAAUAUAAUUUAAAACUAAAUUAUUUAAUUAUAAACAAAAAUAUAAUAUAAUUGGCUAUACAGUUUUUGAUAAAAAAAUUACAUAAAUAUGUGAAAACAUCAUUAUAAAACGAAAACAAUCACUUAAAACAUCAUCUAUAUUGAAACGGAUGAAGUAGUAUAUUCAAGUGAUAAAUUUGCUUUUAGGGUUUUUUUUUUUUUUUGUUAAGUAUGUGGCUUUUAGGGUUCUUACAAAAAAAAAUUGCUUUUAGGGUUUGGAUUAUUUUUUCCAGUUGCAAGUAGCUUUGUCUUCUUUACGACACUCGCGUCCUUAUUUAUUGCAAUACCAUAUCCCAGAUACAGUCAAACAUGUGAAGUGUAAUAUUUGUAUUAAUUUAGCAAACAUUAACUUAAAGGCACUUCAUUGUAUUAUUGUGGUUGGUAUGUUGUUCUGCAUAAUAGCACAUAUAUAUUUCUAAUUGAAUAUAUAUAUAUAUAUAUAUAUAUAUAUACACAUGUAUAUUUUUUUUGGGUCAAAUAUAUACACAUUUGCAUCAUUUCUAUGGUUGAUAAUUAAAUUAAGAUAAUCCUUAAUAGGCUUAAUUAUAAAAACAUUUCAAACGAACAUGUGUAAUAGGUUUAACUUUAUAACCUGUUUGGCUUCCUAAAAAUUAACUUUCAACACUUUUAACACAUAUCUUCUUCUCCUUGGUUUAAACCCCUCAAGUUACAAGAGAGUUUUUAGAGAGAGAAAGUACAAGGUAACGAUUGUGUUGAUCUAUUUUUCUCCUCAAUCCUUGAUAAGUAACCCCUCUUUCUUUUAUAAGUCUCUAAUCGAUUCGUGUUUCUUCUCAGUUCAUAUCAUUGCAGGAUCAAAUAUAUCGUACUGAUUUAAGUUUUGAUUCCAAAGAGGAGAAGAAAAUGAAUUCAAACAAUUGGCUUGCCUUUCCUCUAUCACCAACUCACUCUUCUUUGCCUCCUCACAUCCACUCUUCACAAACCUCUCAUUUCAACCUGGGCCUGGUCAACGACAAUAUGGACAACCCUUUUCAAAACCAAGAAUGGAAUAUGAUCAAUCCACACGGUGGAGGCGGUGAAGGAGGAGGGGUUCCAAAAGUGGCUGAUUUCUUAGGAGUUGGCAAAUCAGAGAUUCAUCAAGCCGACCACAACCUCGUAUCUUACAACGACAUUCAUCAAACCAAUGACUCAGAUUACUACUUCCAAACCAACAGCUUGUUACCUACCGUUGUCACUUGUGCCUCUAACACUCCUAAUAACUAUGAGCUUCAAGCGAGUGCUCACAAUUUACAAUCUCUCACUCUUUCCAUGGGAAGUACUGGAGCUACUGCUGCUGCUGCCGCCACCCUUAAAGCCUCACCGGAUGAUAUUAGCACUGAUAAUAGUAGUAGCACUACUAACACAGGUGGAGGAGCCAUCGUUGAAGCUACACCGAAAAGGACCUUGGAAACUUUUGGACAAAGAACUUCUAUCUAUCGUGGCGUUACAAGACAUAGAUGGACCGGUAGAUACGAAGCGCAUCUCUGGGAUAAUAGUUGUCGAAGAGAAGGACAAUCAAGGAAAGGAAGACAAGUCUACUUAGGUGGGUAUGACAAAGAAGAGAAAGCAGCAAGAGCAUAUGAUUUAGCUGCACUUAAAUACUGGGGCCCCUCUACUACUACCAACUUUCCUGUUACUAACUACGAAAAGGAAGUUGAGGAGAUGAAACACAUGACGAGACAAGAGUUUGUGGCUGCUAUUAGAAGGAAAAGUAGUGGAUUCUCGCGUGGUGCAUCGAUGUAUCGCGGAGUAACAAGGCAUCAUCAACAUGGAAGAUGGCAAGCAAGGAUCGGCCGAGUUGCCGGAAACAAAGAUCUCUACUUGGGAACUUUCAGCACGGAGGAAGAAGCAGCAGAAGCAUACGACAUAGCUGCAAUAAAGUUUCGAGGUCUAAACGCGGUUACAAACUUUGAGAUAAACCGCUACGACGUGAAAGCCAUCCUAGAGAGUAACACACUUCCUAUAGGAGGUGGUGCGGCUAAACGUCUCAAAGAAGCUCAAGCUCUUGAAUCAUCAAGAAAACGCGAGGAAAUGAUAGCACUGAGCUCAAACCUCCAUCAGUAUGGUGCACCCUCGAGCUCUAGGCUUCAGCUUCAACCUUACCCGCUAAGCAUUCAACAACCUUUUGAGCAUCUUCAUCAUCACCAGCCUUUACUUACUCUACAGAACAACAAUGAUAUCUCGCAGUAUGAUUCCUAUAGUUACAUCCAGACACAGCUUCAUCUUCACCAACAACAAACCAACGAUUAUUUGCAGUCUUCUAGUCACAGCUCGCAGCUCUACAAUGCUUAUCUUCAGAGCAACCCUGGAAUGCUUCAGGGCUUUGUCUCCGAUGAUAACAACAACAACACUUCAGGGUUUCUUGGAAACAAUGGGAUCGGUAUUGGGUCAACCUCGACCGUUGGAUCAUCUGCUGGGGAUGAGUUUUCCACGGUUAAAGUUGAUUAUGAUAUGCCUCCUUCAGGUGGAGCCACAGGGUAUGGAGGAUGGACUACUGGAGAGUCUGUUCAGGGAUCAAAUCCAGGAGGUGUUUUCACAAUGUGGAAUGAAUAAAAGGCUGGUUUAUCUGUCUUUGUUUGCGAGACAAGGUAGGUUCUAGAUGACAGCUAUAUUAUUUCCUUGUCUCGCAAGUAACCGGAUUGACUGUAGUCUUCUUAUUGGUUAGCAGAGAAUUUAGGAUUUUGUUUCUUUGUUUUACUUAUGACGGCGAAGAUGAUGAACUUGUAGACAGCGGUUAACAGAGUCCUCAAGGGUUAGGGUUUUAUGGGCACUAAAACAAGAUUCAUAAGUGCCCAAAUUUUGUUUAAAAGCUAACCCUUCUGACUAGUUUCUCAAACUUGUAACUCGUUUUAUUUAAAGAUUUAUAUUUCCUCUA